UGUGUGAAGUGUCGGGUCUACUCGUAAGAUUUUCCUUAAAUAAUGACAGUUUUCUUAAUUUUCUUUGCUUUAUUCUUAAUUUGUGGAGCUGAAGAACCCACCGACACUGGAAAAGCCCCCGAGAAGAAUGAUUACGAUAGUCAAGAAAGCAUCGAGGAUAUCUUCAAGCAUUUUGACGACAAAGUAUCUGAAACAGUUAACAUAAUCAAAAAAUUUAAGAGAGAAGUUGAUGAAUUGACUAAAGAUGCAUUAGAAAAGUCUUUAAAAGAUACCCGAACUAAGAUAAGAGCUAUUUUCGAAGAUGCCGAGGAAAUCAAUGAAAAAUUCUAUAAAAUUAAAAGGAAAAUUGUUGGAAAUUUAGCCGAUUGUAAAGAUAAAUUUAUCGGUGAAUCUGGAGUUAUCGGUCAUUUACUUGAACUUGGGGAGGAAAUAGAGUUCUCGGUCAAAGGAGUCAAGGAGUGCCCAGACGAUUUUAGUGGAACUGAGUGUUUGAUAAAUCGGAUGGUGCAUGGCGAACUUGUGAUGGAUGAAGUGGACCAGAUGAUUGAGAGAGAAAAGGGCACUCCUCAAGAGAGAGCGGAUUCCUUGAUCAAAUACAUUGAGACUUGUAAUGAAAAGGCUGUGGAAAGUGUAAAGGAAAAAGUCCAAACAUUAAUUGAAGAUAUCAAGAAAUGUAUAUAAGUCCAAUAGAAAUUAUAUUGAA